AUGGAAAAUAUUAAGAUAUACUACAGGACACACUAUUUGUCGAAAAAGCACCAGGGUUUCCACGUCGGUUUCGCCCCAUAUGGCAAGGACCAGUAAAACUCGCGGCAAGAACGGGAAAGGGAGUUUUCUUCAUGGCUAAAACGCGCGGUCGUCCAUCAGAAUUCGCGUGAUAACUCGAGGAAGGAUCAAAACAAUUUUUGUUGCAGGGACCGUUCAAUGCCGAUAGAGACCCGUAGCAACAACUUCGACGAGCGGCCGACCUAGUGAGUAGCUGAGCCAGGUGAUAGGUGCGACCAGGAUGACGAUAGCCGGGGAGUAAAUUCGGUGGAUGUCGAACGAAGAAUUUCGGUGGAACUCAGCACUCCCAGAGACGUUCCUGAGAGGGUGACAAGCUCGAAGGGUGGAACUGGAGCGUACGUUGUGGGCUUCAAGCUGCUUGCCGCCAAAUUGGUUGAGGCGAAACCUGAUACCAAUCUGUUAGCAGCAGCCACCCUCAAGGCAAGUUCGACCACCACCACCAAUACCGAGGCAGCAACGAGUGCCACCCACAUUGCCGAUCCACUAGCAGCGUUCACCUCCACCGGAGCAGUCACAACAAUAACAGCUAUCGGUCAGUCAACCCGGAUCACCAGUAAUGGACAGCAGUCACGAGCCGAAAAUCUGUCAUUCGCGAGGAGGCAGCAUGGCGAUGGUGGGCGAAGACAAACGCCAAAUUCGCCAAGCUCAAGGCAAAGGUGGCAGCAAAGGCAACCACCGAAAGUUGACAGUACCGGAUAG